AUGCUGAGGCAGCAACAAUCAGGCGUACUUGGCUAUACCGUAGUAUACUAUGUAGAAUCUCCAAUCGGUUAUCUAUACUCGCCGUCGGGGCCUAUCCAACUGGGUAACAUUAUCACCUGUGUCAAAACGCCUGAGCGACCACUCUACAAGGCUCCGAAGCUGGACGAUUCGACCGCCUUCUCCACGACGCAAAAGCAAGUCAUUUUCUCGACGGAAAGGUUCUCUGGGGGUAAGUUUGGGAUAUUUACAAGGUUCUUAAAUGUAGUACUUGGUCUUGGCGUUGGCGUUGACGUGACGGUGGGCUGGGAGAUGAAUGACUCGUCAUGCUUCACGUUUGAAAGUACGAAUACCUCUCAAUUCUUUCCAGAACCUGGGUAUAUCCAGGACUGCAUUUCAACGGAACCUGUACGACGCUACUUGGAAAAGUUUCGCUACCGCAAGCCAGUAUAUAUCAUCACAAGCCUUAAGAUUGCGAAGGGCGUGACGGUCCAGUCGUUGAAGACAAAGACUGUUGACGGAGGUGUAAGUGCUGGGGCCGAUGCAACGUCAUGGGCCGGGGUCCCUAUUGCCGGUGGCAUUGAAGCCGGUAGAAAUAUAGGUAGUAAGGACCAUGCAUCUUGGGAAGGGAGCAGUGAUUUCAUUUUUGCAUUUCGAGUACGGAGGGUACUGGUAGAGAGGAAGACGGGUGUAGUGAGAAAAGAGGAGGAGUACAAGAAAGGUGCAAUGCUAGAAAGCGUGACUGAGAAGAGGGAUGGGUCUGAGUUGAGUAUUAUAGAGCAAGAGGAAGACAUGGAGGAUGAACUUGAAGGAUUCUCUAAGAAAGAGUUAACGGAGGGCAACGAGGUAGUACUUUGUGCUAUUCCAGGAAUUCAGGGUGGUCCACCAGACACUCUUGAGUAG